AUGCUACCGAGCCUGGGCAUCGAAGCAGAAAAGUCAACCUUACUGAUGAUCCUCACUCGGACUUGGCUGGUGGCCCUGGUGUUCCUGGCCGGAUUUUGGGUGACCCAGAGCUGCGAUUCUGAAGUGCAACAUUCUACUGUUGCUCCAGCUGUCAACUUGGCCAAAGGCCGCCCAGCCUGUCAGUCCUCCACUUACCCCCAUCCAAGAGAUCCGUCAGCCGGCAAAGCUGUCGAUGGGAACUCUGACGGGAUCUUCUUCCAUGGCUCCUGCACCCACACCAACUCUGAAGAUGCCCCGUGGUGGUAUGUGGACCUGGGGGAGCAGUAUUCCAUCUCCACCGUGGUGGUGAAGAACCGCAUGGACUGCUGCGGCAGUAGACUCCUGGGAGCCCAGAUCCGUGUGGGAGACUCCGUGGCUGACCAUGGCAAGACCAACCCCCUCUGUGGAAACAUUACAGACCCCACACGUGGUUCCAUCAAUACCAUCUUCUGCCAACAGCUCAAGGGCCGCUACGUAAGCGUGCAUCUCCCUGGACGCAAAGCUGCCCUGACCCUGUGUGAGCUGGAGGUCUAUGGGACAAAGUCGGGUGCUAAGGAAGGACUAUCAAAGAUGGGAGACUUGGAUGCUCCUCGUCUGGACUUCGCUGCUGCCCCUGCUGUUGCUCUACCUCGCAACUUGGCCAGAGGCCGCCCAGCCUGUCAGUCCUCCACUAACCCCCAUCCAAGCAAUCCGGCAGCCGGCAAAGCUGUCGAUGGGAACUCUGAUGGGGUCUUCAGUCAUGCCUCCUGCACCCACACCCAUGAAGAAUAUGGACCAUGGUGGCAUGUGGAAUUGGACGACCGGUAUGCUAUCUCCUCUGUGGUGGUGAAAAACCGUGCAGACUGCUGCAGCAAGAGACUCCUGGGUGCCCAGAUCCGUGUGGGAGACCACGUGAUUGACAAUGGCAAGUUCAACCCCCUUUGUGGGACCAUCACAGAUGAUAGCCUUGGCUCCAUCAGCACCAUCAAUUGCCAAGGGAUGAAGGGUCGCUAUGUGAGCGUGAACCACUAUGGACUAGCUAUCCUGACCUUGUGUGAGGUGGAAGUCUAUGGAACAAAGUUGGAGGAUGAGUCUCAGGGAGCACGUAUCAGCAUUCUAAGCACAGGCCAGUUGCUUCACCAGUUGCAUCCCUGGGCCAUCAAGAUAUUGGGGAGGUUUUUCUACGGCGAGUGUGACGGGACAUACAUGGCCAAGAUGGCGGCUGCUCCCAGAGGCGGGAGCCCUCAGAUUUCUCAGUUCACAGCAGAGGCACCGGCGAUUAUGGUGUUGGGCGUGACAGGGAGUGUGUCAGUAGCCCUGCACCCGCUCGUCAUCUUCAAAAUCAGCGACCGCUGGAUCUGGAUGCACUCGCAGGAAGGGCGUCCCCGUGAGAUGCUCCUCGUCUGGACUUCGCUGCUGCCCCUGGUACUUCUGGCAGGGCGUGGGGAGGCCCAGAACUCCGAGCCUGACCUGGAAAGUACCACUGUUGCUCUACCUCGCAACUUGGCCAGAGGCCGCCCAGCCUGUCAGUCCUCCACUAACCCCCAUCCAAGCAAUCCGGCAGCCGGCAAAGCUGUCGAUGGGAACUCUGAUGGGGUCUUCAGUCAUGCCUCCUGCACCCACACCCAUGAAGAAUAUGGACCAUGGUGGCAUGUGGAAUUGGACGACCGGUAUGCUAUCUCCUCUGUGGUGGUGAAAAACCGUGCAGACUGCUGCAGCAAGAGACUCCUGGGUGCCCAGAUCCGUGUGGGAGACCACGUGAUUGACAAUGGCAAGUUCAACCCCCUUUGUGGGACCAUCACAGAUGAUAGCCUUGGCUCCAUCAGCACCAUCAAUUGCCAAGGGAUGAAGGGUCGCUAUGUGAGCGUGAACCACUAUGGACUAGCUAUCCUGACCUUGUGUGAGGUGGAAGUCUAUGGAACAAAGUUGGAGGAUGAGUCUCAGGGAGCACGUAUCAGCAUUCUAAGCACAGGCCAGUUGCUUCACUGGGCAUCCUGGGCCAUCAAGAUAGAGGGACAGGACUCAGCUGGAAGCAGGGAGGUCUCUGUCUCAGUUUCAAGAGAAAAACCUGGGCUUGCCAAGCCACCAAGAAGGACAACAGGCGCUGAUCCCAAGAAAGAGAGCCAAGCUCGCAACCUGGCCAGAGGCCACCCAACCUGUCAGUCCUCCGUCUUCCCCCACGAGAUUAUUGGAACAGCAAGCAAAGCCGUGGAUGGGAACUGCGGUGGGGACUGGUAUAAAACGGGCACCUGCACCCACACGCAGCUGGACAUGGAGCCCUGGUGGCACGUGGACCUGGGCCAGCAGUACGCCAUCUCUGCUGUGGUGGUGAAGAAUCGUGGGGACUGCUGCGGUGAGAGACUCCAGGGAGCUGAGAUCCGCGUGGGAGACUCUGUGGCUGACCAUGGCAAGUCCAACCCCCUCUGUGGGACCAUCACAGACACCAGCCUUGGCUCCGUCAGCACCUUGUAUUGCAAUUGGCUCCAGGGCCGCUAUGUGAGCAUCCACAUCCCGGGGAGGGCUGAAUACUUGACCUUGUGCGAGGUGGAGGUCUAUGGCACCAAGGCAGAAGACCAGUGCUAGGGAUCCGCAGUCUCUGCGCGUGUGUGUUGGCGGGUGAGGAAAUAAAGAAUUAUUCUCUGGUAAA